AUGAGAGAUAAUGCUGGUAAAUGUAUAAGAAGUGAUGCAUUUAUCACAGAUGGAUUCUGUAGGUGGAAUAAUUUUAAGAGUUUUCCAGAACAUGUAGGAGGUGUUGAUAGUUUUCACAACAAUGUAGUUAUGAAGUGUGAAAACUUGACGAAACAAGGAUUAGCUUUCCGUGGGCAUUAUAAGUCUGAAAAUUCUGCUAAUAAAGGAAAUUUUGUGGAACUCUUAAAGUAUACUGCUGAUCAAAAUGAAGUUGUGAAAGUCAAAUCUGUAAUUGAAGAAAUUGAUCAUAACGUUUUUGGUUUGUUAGUAGAUGAAUCUGCUGAUGUGUCUGAUAAAGAACAAAUGACACUCGUGUUUAGAUUUUUUGAUAAAAGUGGGAUAGUCAAAGAGAGAUUUCUGAGUAUUAUACAUGUGAAAGAGACAUCUGCAAUAUCUUUAAAAUCUGCUAUUGAUGAUUUGUUUGCUAAAUACAGAUUGAACAUUAAAAAGGGGAGAGGACAAGGGUAUGACGGAGAAAUUGGAGCUUCAUGCAAGAGGAAAGAUUUGAUCCGAGAGAAGCAUAGAAAAAAGAUUCUAGAAGGAAUAAUUAAUGGUGAAAUCAGUACUAGAACAUGGUUGAAUCAAGAGAUCUCUCUUCAAAGACCAGGAUAUACUCGUUGGAAUUCUCACUACAUAACUCUAUUGCGGUUGACUAAGAUGUACUUUUCUAUCAUCAAGAAAUUUGACGACCAUUUUAAUGAGGUGAACACUGAAUUGCUUAUUUGUGCUGCUUCUUUAUCUCCCAUUGAUGCAUUUUAUGAGUUUGAUCACUCAAAGUUAGUGAGGUUAUCUAAGUUCUACCAAGUUGACUUUAGUUUAGGAGAGUUCAUAUCUAUUGAGAAAGAAUUAUCUAUCUACAUUGAUACUGUUCGAAAUGAUGAGAGAUUUUCUAAUUUAAAGAAUCUUGGAGACAUUGCUCAGAAGGUGGUGGAAACACGAAAACAUUUGUCAUAUCCCUUUGGUUAUAGGCUUUUGAAAUUGGUUUUGAUUUUGCAUGUUGCUACUGCUACUGUUGAGAGAUGUUUUUCAGCCAUGAAGAUCAGAUCUCCAGUUCUUAACUAUCAAGGAGAUGAUUUCUCCGGUGAAGCCAUGGAAUCUAAGGAAAAGAAGAGGAGCAGCGUGUAUAGAAACGGAAUUGAAUAG